AAGAAACUGGGAUUUUGGAAGAGAUUGAGAGAAAACAAACGAUAAUGGGAAGCGCACCAGCUCAGAUUCCGACUAGUUUCGGCCAUGAGCUUAGGGCUUGUCUUCGUUGCCGACUCGUCAAGACCUAUGACCAGUUCAGGGACGCUGGUUGCGAGAAUUGCCCUUUCUUCAAGAUGGAAGAGGAUCAUGAGCGUAUCGUGGAGGUCACUACCCCUAAUUUCAAUGGUAUAAUCUCUGUGAUGGAUCCAAGUAGAAGCUGGGCUGCUAGGUGGUUAAGAAUCGGGAAGUUUGCUCCUGGUUGCUACACUCUUGCGGUCUCAGAGCCACUCCCUGAGGAAAUGCAGCACCUAUGCCAAGAAGAGCGUGUACAAUAUGUUCUGCCGAAACGCAUGUGAAGAAAAUCCAUCAAGAAGAAUGCUAGAAUACAAGACCAAGUAGUGCUCUUUCUCAUUCAAGCUUCAUGUAAACAUUAUAAGGUUGCUUUAUUUUGUAUCUUCUUCAAUCUUGUGCUGGGUCCAUGAUGAAAGUCUCCUACAAGUCAAGACUCCUUAGGUUUCUUCAAUGUAAGGUCGUUAGUCCGAUAUCAAAAAGAUCUUUUAAAUGAGAUUUUAAUGAGAAUUGAAAGAAUAAACAUG